AUGCCAACGACAAAGUACAUCCCAACUACGACGCCGACGACACGAACGAUCCGGGUCGAGAUUGGGGGACACCCCGACGAAGCAAUGAACGUCCACACCAAGCCCAAUCCAAACGCCGACAAUGUCUCGGAAAUCUACGAGGAGAUACCCGAGGUAGAGCCUCCACGGUUUGAGAGGGUUUACUGGACGAGGGAACCACAUCUGAGGAAGCUCUACGGCAUGACAUUCUUCCUGAUGGUGGCAUCGGCGACAACGGGCUACGACAGCAUGCUUUUGAACACAUCACAACAAAUUCAUGCGUGGAAUAGCUUCUUCUUUCCUCAUUCGACGCAGCCAGACCCCGUGGAGGAUAGCAAGCUGGCAAUCUUGAUCAACAUGUUCAACAUCGGCUCCAUCUUUUCCUUCUUCAUAACCCCAUACGUGGCCGACAAUUACGGACGAAGACCGUCCAUCGUAGCUGGGUGUAUCAUCAUGAUCUUUGGCGGACUCCUAACAGGUUUCUGCAACGGUUAUGGAAUGUACAUGGGUGGCCGCUUCCUCCUCGGUUUCGGCAACUCGCUCGCACAAAUGGCCUCCCCCCUCCUCCUCACCGAGAUCGUUCAUCCGCAACAUCGUGGCCCCGUCACCGCCAUCUACAACUGUCUCUGGAAUGCCGGCGCGCUUCUGGUGUCCUGCAUAGCCUGGGGCACAUCCAACAUUGCCUCUAACUGGUCCUGGCGCUCCAUCACGCUCCUGCAGGUCCUGCCUUCGGCCGUCCAGCUCGCAGGUAUUUGGUGGGUCCCCGAAUCCCCACGCUACCUCAUCAACAAGGAACGUCACGAUGAAGCUCUCGAUAUCCUGGCCAAGUGGCAUGCCGGCGGUGAUAGGCUCAACAGAACAGUACAGUUUGAGUUUCGUGAGAUCAAGGAAACGAUUCGCAUCCAGAAGCAGCUCGAUGAGGCGUCGAGCUAUGUCGAUUUCGUCAAGACGAAGGGAAACAGGUGGCGCUUGGCGAUUAUCAUCUCGCUGGGUGUCAUCAGCCAGUACUCGGGCAAUGCCUUGUUCAGCAAUUACAUGAAUGCCAUCUACGGCGGAGCAGGGAUCACAGAGCAGAGCCAAAAGCUGGCCAUCUCGACAGGGAAAAUUAUCCUGGAUCUGAUCGUCACCAUCUUCGCGGCGCUCAAUGUCGACCGGUUCGGACGCAGGCCGCUAUUCUUGAUCUCGACGUGCGGUAUGGUCGUGAGCUUUGCGUGCUGGACGGCGACCGGGGCCGUGUAUGAGUAUAGCGGGGAGACAAACAUGACUAGCGGUUAUACGCAGUUGGUGUUCAUCUGGAUAUUCGGCAUCUUUUACGAUAUUGGCUUUUUCGGGGACUGUUGGUGGCCCUGGGACAACCUCCCCCACCACUGGAACUUUACUCUCUUCUACACCAUCUGGAACUGCUUGGAGCUCACUUUUGUCUACUUCUUCUACGUCGAAACAAAAGGGCCGACUCUGGAAGAAGUUGCACGCAUCUUUGACGGUGUGAAUGCCGUCGGACAUGUUGAUAUGCGGCAAGUGGAGAAAGAGAUCUAUCACCAGGGCGUUUUGGGGAAUCCAUUGGAGAGAAAUCAGGCGAUGCACGGGAGUGGACAUGGUGGACACGGUGGAAUUGAGUUGGAGGAGCAGGGCGGACAGGGAUAUGGGUAUGCGAGGCAGAGGAGAGCUGGUGGAUAUGAAUGA